CCCCAGACUCACCCAUGGCAAUCUCCAACUGCCCCUCCGGCUAACCCAACCGCACCUCCGGCCAACCCAACUGCACCUCCGGUCAACCCAAUCUCAACUCCAACAACCACAACCAGUCCCACAUCAUCAGGCGGUCAAUGGUGUGUUGCAAGCCAAACAGCUUCAGAAACUGCCCUGCAAGUGGCUCUUGACUUUGCUUGUGGCUAUGGAGGUGCUGAUUGUUCGGCCAUUCAAGCAGGGGCAAGUUGUUAUAAUCCAAACACCGUCCGUGACCAUGCUUCUUAUGCAUUCAAUGCCUAUUACCAGAAGAAUCCAGCACCUACAAGCUGUUCAUUUGGAGGAAUAGCACAGCUUACGAACAAUGACCCAAGUACUGGGAACUGCCGCUAUGCAUCACCCAAAUCACAAAGCACGAGUCCACCAACAAAUCAAAGCCCACUGAAUCAAUCAAGUCCAAUGACUACAACUCCUCCAAGUUUGACAAUACCUCGUGGAUCAACAAUCUAUGGCUCAGAACCAACACAAAGCCCCAGCUUAGCCACAUCUCCCUCUUAUUCAUUGCCGCUGAUGUUCACCAUGUACAGCCUCUGGGCUUCGCUCCUCACUGCAAAUAUAUAGAGACCAUAUACAAGGUUCAGUCACUCUUUUGGAAUGGAGCUGGGAUUCACGUGGUGUGCCAGCACUUUCUUGAGACUUCGAGGAGGCAGAAGGUCAAUAAUUCCAUAUUUGUUAUUUGAAGUCUUGCCAUUUAAAUUAGUACUGCCUUUCAGCUAUAUAUGUCCGUUAGUUGAUCACAAAGCCCCAAAAAGUAGCAGAGCAAAAAAUUGUAGGUCAUGUACACAGAUUUUCAAUGUUAUUAGCACAAUAAUAAAGUAUUAGACAGUCUGUUUUCUCUUGGAA